AUGGCUUCGCUACGCACUGCCAGCCCCAGACUGAAGAACUACUUCAAGAAAUAUUACAUUCCUCAGGUCUGCGAGGCUCUGUUAUGUGGUUUACUUAUUAACUGUCCUGAUGAUCCAUUGAAAUAUUUAGAGGCAAUGAUCAUUUUUAUUAAGGAAAAUGGUCUCCAAAAUCUCCUUUGGGAUAUGUGCAUCGAUCCAUUAUUAAAACCAACAAUUCGGAAAUUAUCUGAAACUUACAUGGAACAGCUUUUUGGACUGGACGAUCAACUGAUGACUCCAGAAUUGAUGAUAAAAGCAUGUACCUUUUAUACUGGGCAUUUAAUAAAGACCCACUUUAUCACAUGGAGAGACAUUGUAAUACCUACCAGCAAUGAAGAUGGAUUUAUGGCUGACAAAAUAAGAAUAGCAAAGGAACAUGACAGUUUACGAUAUAAGAAACAUAUAUUUUAUCACUGGUACUCUUAUGUGAAAGUUAAAAAAGAAAAUGAUAGAGCUCUGCUAUUGCAGGUACAAAAUAUCUUUCUUAAUCAGAAACUAUUAUCUAUCCUACAUAAAUGGAAAAAUAAAGCAAGAGAAACACGUCAAUUAAGAGAAAAUGAGUUGCAAUUGUUAAAGCAUGAACUUCAGUUGAAUCAAUGGAGAAGGAAGUUAGCACCAAAGACUUCACAAGAAUCCAGUUUUUAUGAUAUUACUGAAGUUUAUGAAUUUGAUAUUUCACAGUUACCUGAAAAAGCUAUAGCACAGAUUUUUGCCUACCUAACUAUAAGAGAUUUGAUAGUAUGUGGUCAAGUCAGUCGCUCCUGGAUGUCAAUGUCACAAAUAGGUUCAUUGUGGAAUUGUAUUGAUUUUUCUGCAGUAAAAACUAAGAUCACAGAUAGAGCCAUAGUGUCUACUUUGCAAAAGUGGCGGCUAAAUGUGCUACGAUUAAAUUUUCGUGGUUGUUCUGUCCGAUUGAAAACGUUGAAAUCUAUCAGCCUCUGUAAAAAUUUGCAAGAGCUGAAUAUGUCUGACUGCCCAGCACUCACAGAUGAAUCAAUGAGAUACAUUUCUGAGAACUGUCCUGGAAUUCUGUAUCUCAACCUGUCUAAUACAGCUAUCACCAACAGGUCAAUGAGACUCCUGCCAAGGCACUUCUACAAUUUACAGAAUCUUAGCUUGGCUUAUUGCAGAAAGUUCACAGACAAAGGCUUACAGUACCUGAAUUUGGGGAAUGGAUGCCACAAGCUCAUAUAUCUGGACCUUUCCGGCUGCACCCAGAUUUCAGUACAAGGUUUUAAGAACAUUGCAAACAGCUGCUCUGGAAUUAUGCAUCUGACCAUCAAUGACAUGCCAACUCUGACAGACAAUUGCAUAAAAGCAUUAGUUGAAAACUGCUCUCAUAUCACAUCAGUAAUUUUCAUUGGUGCCCCACAUAUCUCCGAUUAUACUUUCCAAGCUCUUACUACUUGUAACCUCAGAAAGAUCCGAAUUGAAGGAAGUAAAAGGAUUACUGAUGCAAGCUUAAAAUCUAUAGACAAGAACUAUUCAAAUCUUAAUCAUCUUUACAUGGCAGACUGCCAGGGAAUAACAGAUGUUACCCUCAAGGCACUCUCCCCUUUGAGGAACCUAACUAUGUUAAAUUUUGCAAAUUGUCUCAGACUUGGUGAUGUGGGACUAAAAUAUUUUCUUGAUGGGCCUUCAAGCAUAAAAAUAAGAGAGCUAAAUUUAAGUAACUGCUUCCACAUGAGUGAUAUCGCUGCAGUAAAAAUAUCAGAAUGCUGCCUUAAUUUAAGAUACUUAAAUUUACGAAAUUGUGAUCAUUUGACUGACACAGGAAUUCAAUAUCUUACACGCAUCCUCGCCUUGAUAUCACUUGAUAUCUCAGGAACAAAAGUUACUGAUGAGGGUUUGGAGGCAUUUUCCAAACAUAAAAAAUUAAAGGAACUUUCUGUCUCUGAAUGUUACAGAAUUACCUGUAAUGGAAUUGAGACAUUCUGCAGAGGCUUACCAUGCUUGGACUGCUUGGAUAUCUCUUACUGCCCUCAGCUGUCUGAUGAUAGCAUUAAAGCGCUGGCUGUUUACUGCGUUAGCCUCACAUUUCUCAACAUUGCUGGCUGCCCAAAGAUUACUGAUUCAGCGAUGGAGUUAUUAUCAGCAAAAUGCCAUUAUUUGCACAUUUUGGAUAUUUCUGGUUGUAUCCUGCUUACUGACCAGACUCUUAUGAACCUUCGCAUAGGCUGCAAACAACUUCGGAUCCUUAGAAUAAAAUACUGCAGACUUAUUACUCCGGAGGAAGUCACAAAAAUGUCACCUGUAGUUCAGCAGUUGGAAUACAGUAGCUAUGACCCUCCACUUUGGUUCAGCUCUCCUACUAAUGCUCCCUCAUAUAUAGAGACAUUCGAAGAUAAAACAGGGCCAUCUAAACGAGGUGCCACGAAAAAAAGGAAAAGCAGGAUAUAA